AACAUAGAAAGUUGGACAUAUCUUCUAUCAAAUCGAGAAAGUCCCGUACGACUUGCAGCCCUUAAAUUGCUUGUCAACGUUUGCAAAUAUAGUGAAGAACCGAAUAUCAUAUUUUUUUUGAAAAGCUCUUUUAUUAACUUGCUUUUAACGAUAGAACCUCAGCAUUCAGAAGAAUUUUAUCGCCUUUUGACUGCUUUCUUAUGUGAUAGUACAUGCCCUCGCUCAACCAUUGAUGCAGUUGUGAGAAUUGUCCUAAAUAUGACAAUUCCGAACUCUUGUGCUCUUCACAUGUUGCAGUUCUUAGUUGCAAUUGCUGAAGCUCAUUCUCAUCUUUAUCAUCUUAUUUGUUCGUGGUCUGUGUUAAAGCUCAAGGAAAAUACAAAUUUGACCAGAUUCACACUUUUUUCGUGUUUGGUAUAUGCUCCAUUGAGUAACAUAGCUAUUCUUCCCAAAAAUCAUUUGGAUAUUUGGGGGGAUGAUCCGUGGUUAAAGUAUCUUGUUGCGCGGUCAGCUAUGCGAACUGGGCAUUUGAAGCUUGCAGCUCUUCCUUUGCUAAAUGCAAUUUAUGACAAAGCAAAGUCGUUCAAAACCAGAAUAUGGCUAAAUGCUUUGCGAUAUAUUUGUAAUUCCGCACCUUCUGAAUUCACAGUUCAAGCUUUUGAAUGUUCUGUCGAAAAUUUGAACAAUGCUCGUCUAUCACUUUCGUCCUUGUGCUCUUCACGAAAUCUUCGACAUUAUUUCAUUUUUGGGCUACGUUUUGUGGAAUGCUUAAGCAGCAUGUAUGCGACUCUGCACGCUUUCUUAAUUGUUUUAAAUACAAACUUAUCACUUGCUGGUGAUUUAACUUCCUUCGCCUUGAGAAAGACUACUUUCCACUUACGUGCUUGUGCAUUAAAAAUGGAAGUAUGUCGCGGUAAGUGGUUGGACUUGUACAAACGGUGUUUUGAUGCCGAUAAUAAUACUCUUACUUUUUUGGAGCUGUAUAGUAUAAUGUGUUCGGUGUUUAGUUCUGGCAUUCAAAUGCUUACAGAGCAACAGCCAUUGUCCCCUUUGAUAGUAUCUGUUUCCUCGCACUAUUCAUUGGCAAACAGACAUUUACGAUCAUUACUUUUAUGGGCCAAAGUAGAAAUUGGAAAAAUGGAUGUUAUACCUGUAGAAAAAAGAUUGACGAAAAAGAACUUGGAGCUAGUUGUUGAUGUAUUUAAAAAUCUUUCUGGUCUACCGAUAUGUGUUCCGCGAUUUUUUUUCCAGCAACUUAAGUACACUCAAAUAAAACUGAAUGUUCUCCCGCAGCCUGAACUAAUGGAGAAAGCUAUUAAUGUUUCAUCCAAUCAUAAAGUACCGAUAUUAGUUGAAGGAGCCAUUGAAUCUACGCAUAUGUCUUCUGUAUAUGCUGUAACUGUGGAAGCCGUUGCGAGAUUCUCAUCAGACUCAAAUAAGGAUUACUUGGAAUCUCGAACUGUCACACCAAGUGAAGGAAAAUUUUUCAGUGCUCAAUUUCUUUUAUCAUUUCCAGAGAGCUGUACAAUGGAGUUUUUUGUAACUUUUGUGGAUCAGAAGACGAGGAGGCAGUGGCAAAGUGACGUGACUGCAGAAUUGAAAAUUUUUGUUUCAUCUUAAUU